UCGGUAUCGACGGACGGUGGAGGACACGUCUUCGAACACGUCCGAACAUCUGACUGAGGGCAGAACUUGUUUUUCUCGAGCCACUACUGCUGCUCGGUCCCCAGUUGCCGCUGCAACCGCCAACAACAACGACGACGACGAGGAGCGAUAAUUUUCUUGUUGGACUUUGACGAAAAUGGACGUCGAGCAGAUGCGUCAGCAAGUCAUGAUUAACCAGUUCGCUCUGGCAGCUGGCUGUGCCCACGACCAGGCGCGUCAACUCCUCCAAUCGACGCAAUGGCAAUUCGAGACUGCGUUGAGCAUUUUCUUCCAAGAGGUGGCGGUCAAUGCCAAGUGCGGAGGAACUCAGUACAACCCGAUGUGCACUCCUGCGAACACGCCGGCAACACCGCCGAAUUUCCCGGAAACCUUGACGGCGUUUUCGAAAUUGUCAACCUCACCUGGAGCGCCCACAGGUCCACUAAAAUCACAGAUGUCUCCGAAAGCUCGAGGAAACCACAAUUAGAACUUGUAUCUCCACAGUUAGGUUUAUAUGGCGGUGCAUUAUCCAUAAUCCGUAUCAAAUUCCAUACAAUCGUUAGUUCAAGACCUUGGCGCGGGAGCUUCGCAAGGUGCUUGCGUGAAAACCGCAAUUAUGUGAUCGUUUGUUGGGCCAGACAGCGUCAGCGGCUCUGCGCUUGGUUCACAUUUGGACAAGAUCAGUUAUCUCGAAGUCUUUUGCACCGUCAUCUGUUUUCAAAUUGAAUUUCCGAGAAACGUACUCCACGCCAAAAAAGUCUGCCUCCCAACGACUUUGUAGAAAAUAUGAGUUGGUGUCUUUGCGAGUCCACCCGACUGAUUUCGAGGAAAACUGCAAUGCUCCCUCUAGAUCAACUUUCGCUUACGUCGCGUCGUCGACUUGGGACUCCCCCGGUUGGGGACCCUACCCCGUUAUCGUCAAAUCGCUCAGAGGUGCUCAGUGGGUGUGACUCCUCUGGGGCACCAUGAUCCAUAAGGGAUCCCUCAUCAGGGAUUCCUCAGGAUUAGGAACCCCCUCCCGAAGCGCUGAGUUUGAGCCACAUGACCCGUUAUCAUCAUCAUAAAGAUGACGUCAUCGCGAAGAGCUAGUUCGGAUGCUGGAAAACAUCUACAAAUGAUCGUCUGGAAUUUAGGCGAAGAAAUGCCCAAUGGGGUCGGAAAGAUCGGGAGAUGCAGUGGGAUCCAAUGGGUUGAGGAUCAUUGACCGUGAGAGGCACAUUUUCUCGCAGGGAUAGCACGGGGUGCGCAGCGGGGUGCUCCGAACGUGCACUGGGGUCAAGCUAACCUCAGGAUGCGCGCCCUACCUCGCAUGCCAUGAUUUGAGUCAUACGAUCGAGGGCAAACACUGCUGCUUAAAAGUGCAAUUUCGAUGCCCUAUUGUGAUCCUUUCAGCAACUAUCACUAUAACUAUGAACUAUUUAAAGUCGUCUCUCUUUUCCUGUCUACAACCGCUGCUCUUGGCUCUGAUAUUCGCUUGUAGGAUGCCGGAAUUGUCCGUGAACUUGGCAAUAUAUAUCGUAGUUCAUCACGUGAACUCAUUGAUUAAUCAAUCGAGGAAUUCUUGGCGUGAAUUCCGUCGUUCGAUGGAUUAACAGUUAGAAUCUCAAAAGAUGGCUUCCGAUGUUGUGUCGCAGAGGAAUCGACCGGACGGGGAGAAUAUAUCGGGAGAUCAGAGACCAACGAUUUGAUGACGGAAUUCAGGAGGUAGAAAAUGAGACUCGACGAUGACUUAUGCAAAACCGCGCAGAUUUGCUCACUGGAGUAGCUCUUGAAGUCCUUGGAUUAGCAGCUUGUCCUCAGAACUAGAUUUCAUCCGCAUGUAGGUCUCAGAGAACUUCAAUAAAGAGCGGAGAGAGGGUCGUCAAAAUGAAUCGACAAGCGUUAGCGGCGGUGUGUAAAGUUUGUGUAUAUACAAUGUAUAAAAUAAAAUAAAAACAUCA